AUGUUGACUCGCCACGGAGCACCAUCGACGCCUCUUCCAACCGGACGCCCAGCGACACCGACGCAAGUCGCGCUGUUCCGCCGGCCGCGCGCUGUUCCGAGGGCAUCCACCGUGUCGUUUGUUUCUGCUGCUGCCGUGGGAUGCGUUGGGCACCGACCGUGGCGACGGCGGCAGAGUUCUCAGCGGCACGCGGAGGGAAGGUGCUACCAGGUGGUGUCCACCGAGUCUCAAGGCCUUGGCGUCGUGGCCACUGAGCCACUGCUGGCGGGGCAGCUGGUGACUGAGGAGGCUCCGGCACUACGCUGGUCUGGAGCGGAGGAUGAGGUGGAGCUGAAAGAAUGCUUCGAGGAACUCCCGGUGGAGCAACAGCAAGAGCUCUGGCAGUUGGAGGACGCCUUUUCAGUGGGCGCAAAAACGCUUUCGGGAAUUGCCUUCACCAACAGCUUCCAAGCUGGUGAGCCUUUGAAUCCGCAGGACCUGGACCUGGACGACGAACGGGUCUUGUAUUUAGAGAUCAGCCGAUUCAACCACUCCUGUCUUCCCAACUGCGAAGUCAGCUGGGACGACCGUGAAGGACUGUUGCAGAUUUAUGCAGGCCGUGACGUGGCUCUUGGUGAAGACCUGUGUUUGUACUACCAGGAUGUGCGUAUGCCAAGGCUCUCGCGACAGGAGAAGUUGAAAUCUUUGGGUUUCACCUGUGCUUGUCGAGCCUGCAGGGCUGCAGAUCGGCGCAGUGACCAGCGGCGGCAGCGGAUGCAGCAGCUCUUGGGGGAGAUGGAAGAGGUCGAGGAGGAGGAGGGAGUCGCAAAAGUCCAGGAACUGCUGGAUCUCUAUGACGAAGAGGGCUUGACGGUUCUCCACUAUCGCAAGGCUGCUGCCUUCAAGGCGUACGCCAUGUCGACCGCCUUGGGGAACGUGGCAGAUGCGGCAAAGUGGGCGGAGAUGGCGGCGGAGUAUAGCCUGCAGUGCCACGGUCCACUGCACCCGCAGACGAAGGUCUUGAGCCGCCACGCACGACGGGCUGCAGACCUCAACGGAUGA